AUGACAUUGCUUCGCUCUAUUUGCAAUAGAGUGCUGAUGCCGACGGCUGCAACGACUGACAAAGAUUAUUUGUCCAUUCAAAUAGAAGCCCACUUGAAUCCGGUACCGUAUUUAGGAUAUCUUUUUGAAUCACAAGUACAAAAGACCACUUUACCCAAUGAUGUCAUUAAUGCAGUCAGGAAACGUUGUAUUGAUUUUACAGUCAAAUUAGGAAAACAGAUUAAGCAAAAACUUCCUUCUAACUACAUUAUUUUGGAGAAAAUGUGUCAACAGAGUGUGGAAAAUACUCUUCGCCAGGGCAAAGACAACCAAAUAGCAGACCUUGCCGCGGAACUCGGAUUCUAUGAUGAAGCAAUAGACAAACUGUGA